CACCUGAAGGAAGCUAGCGACAUCGCCCACCAAUACAACGGAGCGCCCUUCGGCCAAGAAUGCCGAGUGCCCCGAGGUGUGAGCGAGGCGGCGAGGUAAACAAAGAACUGAGCCGGCACGCGCGCGCGCACUGUCAUCGCGGCACGUCACGGCGCAGGCGGCGUGCCCAUAACAAAGAAGCGAGGAAAAGGAACCUGGGCGAGCGCGCAUGUGCAUCGGAGAGGUUGAAAACUUUAGAACAAAUGUUGGAAGAUGUUGGCUGUGGAUACAGGGAUUGUAGAAGAAUGGCUAUCAGAAUUCAAGACAGCACCAGAAGCAUCCAUACCAAGCUAUGCUAAAAAUCUGAAAAACAAGAGUUCUCUGGUUUCAUCUUUGUACAAAGUUAUUCAGGAUCCACAAAGUGAGUUGCUGGAACCAGUCUGCCAUCAGUUGUUUGAGUUCUAUCGUAGUGGUGAGGAACUCCUUCUACAGUUCACGCUGCAGUUUCUUCCAGAAUUGAUGUGGUGCUAUCUAGCUGUCUCUGCAAGCAAAGAUCUGCAGAGCAGUGGCUGCAUAGAAGCACUUCUUCUAGGAGUUUACAAUUUGGAAAUAGUUGACAGACAAGGGCACAGUAGGGUAUUAAGUUUUACAAUUCCAUCCUUAUCUAAACCUUCAGUAUAUCAUGAACCUUCCAGUAUUGGCUCAAUGGCUCUUACUGAGGGUGCUUUAUCUCAGCAUGGCUUAUCCAAAGUUGUAUACAGUGGACCUCAUUUACAGAGAGAGAUGUUGACAGCACAAAACCGGUUUCAAGUAUUGACAUUGCUUUUGUUGCGAUACAAUGCUGCCUUAAGCUAUAUGCCUGCAGUUUCUCUUCAGUCAUUAUGUCAGAUCUGCUCAAGGAUCUGUGUUUGUGGGUAUCCUCGGCAACAAGUGAGGAAAUACAAAGGCAUAAAUAGCAGGAUUCCAAUUUCUUCUGAAUUCAUGGUGCAAAUGCUUACAGGAAUUUAUUAUGCUUUUUAUAAUGGAGAAUGGGACCUGGCUCGAAAAGCAAUGGAUGACAUUUUAUACAGAGCACAACUCGAACUAUAUCCAGAACCACUAUUGGUUGCUAAUGCAAUAAAAGCAUCAUUGCCUCAAGGUGCUAUGAAAUCUAGUAAAGAAGGAACAAAAUGCAUUCAGGUUGAAAUCACGCCUACUGCAUCUAGAAUAUCAAGAAAUGCAGUGACUAGUAUGUCUAUUCGAGGACAUAGAUGGAAAAGGCAUGGUAAUGAACUAGGAAUUCCAGAAGAAGAACUGAUAGAAGUAUCUGAAGUUGAUGAAGGUUUUUAUUCUAGGGCUACUUCUGCCACAAGUCAUUCUGUUUUAUCUAACAGCAAUCACAAGCCACUGACAAGCAAGAGUCAGCGAAGGUCUGGAGGAAGCAAAGUCGGGGCAAAAGAAAAAGAAGCUGUUGGGGAAUCCUACAAAGAACACUUGUCUCGUAAACAAAGCCAGAGAGCAAUGAGUGAGAAUCUAGAGCUUCUGUCUUUGAAAAGACUGACUCUGACUAGCAGCCAGUCCCUACCUAAACCAGGCAGCCAUAGUUUGGCCAGAACUAGCACAACUCUUUUUAGUAAAUCCUUCGAACAGGUCAGUGGUGGUGUGGUCCCAAAUAACCACAGUGGAACAGAAGCAAAUAGAUUUUCUGUAUGUAGCUUGCAAGAGGAGAACUUGAUUUUUGGAGGUGAAAAGACAGAACUUCCUAUUCCAAGCAAGCAGCCAAAUCAGCAGCGACCACCUAGCAUCAGCAUAACACUGUCAAUAGACUAACAGGACUUCAUUAAUUUAUCUGUAUAUAAAAAGGGAUUCAUUUGAUUUUACUGCCAUUUAUUAUCCCUUUUCUAAAUAUUUCUCUUAAGCUGUCUUGAAAGGUUUAGUUAGUUUGAAAGCUGUGUCUAAACUGCAGGUUUUAAGAAUUGCAAUAGGUUUAAACAGAGUAGGGGAAGGACUUGUUUGCCUUCAUAUUUUAAGGGGUUUUUGUCAAUACUAAUUGCUAGCAGACAACUGCUAGUUCAAAAACUUUGUACUCUUCAGAUGCCCAGGUUGUGUUACAGGUUUUGUAGGAUACACUAGCCCUGAUUUUAUAGAAAUUCUAUAAAUAAUUUUCAGUAAUGAUGUUAAUCUAAAUACAGGAGUCUGUCGAACUCCUGACUCAAGGAAUGAAAUUCAUGAUAAUGUUACAGUUUGGCUUGCACUGGAGAGUUGAUACAUGUCAGAGUUAUUCUGGGGAUAGACCAAUGCCAUCUUUAAUAUGGAUAUUCUUGCUUGUACAUACUUUAGCCAUGUGUUUUGAGGAACUUAUCAUUGGCAUAAUCUAGAAUUAAUGUGUCAGAUCCAAAUACAUAGCAAACAUUGCUUUCUCUUUUUUGCUUUCACUGAGCUAGAAGUGGUUCUUUAUGCUUAUGUUUUAAGCAGCUUGAGAUCCAAUAAGAUUGGGUAUGAGAGGAAAACAAUUUUUUUAAAAAAAGGUCCUUACAUGCACAGACAAACUAAAUGUGUUAUUGAGUUCCAGUAUUUUGCUGCAAAAAUUCAGGUAUCAAUUUUGACUUGUAUGGUUGGCUACAAUGAGCGUUUCUUAAAAUAUUGAGGAAGAAAUGAGAGGCUCUUUUUAAAAACAGCUCUACAUUGACCAGAAGAAACAUAACAGGUGAACACUGUGUAGGUCCAAUUUGUGAUCUGUGCACAACUGAUGCACAAAUUACACAAUUUGGUUACGUGUGCAUUAGAGUCUGAACACAGGCCCCUAUGUAAAGAUGAAAUUAAAUACACACAUGAGGUAGAGUGGCAUAUCCUUGACCCUACAUUGAAUGUAUAUUUCAAAAAUUUAGGGCUACUGAAUACAUAAUAACAAUGUUUACAAUAUUAGUAAAUUUACUGUUAGUAUCAAAUUCAUUCUUUGAGCCCACCAGUGCAGCAAACAAAUCAAUGCAAGAAACAAUGUUUUUAUUAGAAUUAUAUGUUGCAUUUCCACAGCAUUAAUGCUCAAAGUGGCUCACAACAGUAACAAGACAAAUAAAUGCACCUGUAAUUGUUACAGUACAAUUUGAAGUAAAAUGUUAAAUUUUUAGACCAACACUUUAAAACCAGAGAUAAAAUUCCAAUUAAAAAGCCUUCUCAAAUAAAAGAAAUAAAAAACUGAAAUAAUAUAGCAGUGUGUCUACUUUUUCCCUCUUGGUAAUGAUGUUGGUUUUCCAACUAAACCACCUUAUAACAGAAGCCUACAUUCUCUUGAAGCUAGGUUAAAAAAACUACAUAGAGGUAUACUUGAUUAUGUUUUGAUGGCUUGAAGUUUAAAGCAAGCAACUGAGAACUUUGAAAAUAUAAGGGCGAUAUAGCAGGUAAAAAUUCCAUACUGUGUAUAUUAGAAAUUCUACUGUGGAUUUGAAGAGAUCUCCUUGUGUGCAGUUUUGAAGGCUACAUGCAUUAACUAAAACUAGUAGCUAUUCCCUAAUAGGUUUAAUGUGAAAUAGAAACUUUUUUGAAAAGAUUUACAUUUAAAAUGCUUGGAGCCUAAAUUUUAAUAACUGUUUAAUCUUAUUUAUUAUCUCAUUUAUUAACUACUUCUAACAAUCUUAAAUGUAGUCUAACAAAUGAAAACACUUUGAGUUUUCUAUAUAUUUAGAUACUUUAUGCAUUCUGUAGACAUACAGGAAUGUACAGUCAUGGUAAAUGAAAGUGAUUCAAACUUCUUCCUAUAGUUAACUACCAAAAAUGCUAUGAGAAAUGAAGUGUCUUUUAAAAAAUAGUUUACAGUGCUGUAGUUCUUGAGCUAUAGGUAGUGUUUUUGUUUCAAUGAAAACAGUUAAGUGCUCUAUUAAUGUUUUAGCAAUCGAUCUAAUUUUAUUUCAUAUGUAGCAACAAAUGCUAGAACUAACUGUGUCUGCAUAAGUUUAAAGCGCCUUGUGACUUGGAAGUAAUUUUUCAAUAGGACAUACAACAUUUUUCUUAUUUAGGCAUACAUUCUGAUUGUAAAAUGGAGAUCUGUAGAUAUUAAAAAAGAGGAGAAAAUCACAUCUGCAUCAGCCCUCUAAAUACAGACUGCAUGGCACAUGGUCCCAACUCAGUUUGGUUAAAAACAACAUUUUAUCAGCGGACACAUUUUGGUAAUCAGUAAGGGUGGUCUAAGCUUGCUAAGUAUCAGGUGUUAAAUCCGACCUAUGUAGGACACUGAUUAUGUAUAGUAUGGUUCUCAUAAAUUUGAUUCCAUUGGAAUCUAAACUUCAUGUACUGCAUGAGUGUUUAAACUGCCCAGUGUAUAAACUUGGAUUAAUUUAGGCAUUUGGGGGUGUUUGAAUGUUUAGCAUUGUGCCAGCUUCCUCAAAAAACCUGCUAUGGUCCUGAUCCUGGGGAUUGGAUUUGGGACUCUAAACAUCUGAAGCAAAUUCAUUGUAUCUGCAGCCUUGGUAAGAGUUUCUAUUCAAGUACUGGACGGCACACUCUCAGAUUAAUACAGAAUUCCAAAUAAGUCAUAGUUCUGGAAUGUAAUAGUGAACUUUGAUUUGGUAGGUAAAUUAUGAUUAGCAUUAAGUGUAAAACAUUAUUGACUUAGACAAUUAACAACUUGGUUUGAAAAUGGCUAGAUAAUACAGUUAGCUAUCUGGUGAAUGCCACUUUUAAAAUGGUUUUGAAGAGAAUGCUGCUGUGGUUGGGUGUAGUCUUCUGUUAAGUUAUAAAAUAGCAACAUUUUGUUCUGUAUUUUCAACUGUAGGCGUUCGUUCAGUGACUCAUUACGUUUAUGUGAUCCAAUUGAAUUAAGUGGAGCCAUUCAGUGUAAGUGGUGAGUGAUUUGUGACAUUAGGGAAAAUAAGACAAAUACAGUGUGAAUGUUCUUUAUUAGACUUUGCUGAAUGAUACUUAGAAUUUUAUAAAAGAAAAUUAUUGAAUGUUUGGAGAUGACAACUUUGGAAAAAUUCUAAAAUACUGCAAUCUUGCAUUGGAUAACUAGUUUAAUUCAGUUUCGAUUGAAACAAUUUCUGAAUGUAUCUCUGUGUAAUGGGCACACUUUGCUUUUCCAUGUUUUGGUUUUAAAAUGGUCUAGACAUAUUUGUACUACUUGGUACUGCAGCCUUUUGUAUAGUUCCAUUUCUGAAUACUGAAGUAGGCUAGACAUGUAUUUUUAAUAAUUCCAGAGGAGACCCAACAACAGUUGAUAUUUUUUUGUUAACAAUUUGAAAGUUCAGAGAGGGUUACCACUUUCUCUUUUGUACUGUAGUUUGUGAAUACUGAUUUUCUGUUUUUUGGUAACAAAAUGCUUGUUUUGUAAACUUCAAUAAAUGAAUUGUUUACCUAGAGUCCACAUUCCUACAA